AUGUUGAUAAACAAACCAGCCCCUAUUUUUCAACACAACAAGCAUGUAGCAGCCUGUAAGCCUGUAGAUACCAACUGUAAAUGCCUACAAAGAAUUGAAGAGACGCUCUCAGCCAGGAAUUCUCGCUGUCUCUGCGUCGCUUCCUGCGCUGCGCUGGUGGAAGGAAUACGUACGACGCACAGGCCUUGUUACGUCCGUUUUGGCGAAACGGAAAGCGAAGAUGGAAAAAGACGCAGAGACGCUUCGAGGGAACUGAGAAGUCCAUCUGCGGCUGUUUAUCAUGCACUACAACUUCGAUUCUAUGUUGCAUGGGGCGACCUCGCCGCCGCUUGGUCUGUUGUUUACCAGUCCCAGAGCACAUCUGACAGCACCACAACCAGCGCUCGAGGGGGCCUGAAAUUGGUCACAAACUGGAGGCAGAGAAGAGACAAGUCUGUGGAUGCCAAUUUUCAACCGCCCUCAACGCCCUUUUCCCCGUCUACGUGA